AUGUCUAACACACUUCCCAACCCAACCACCCAGCCAUCGCCAACAAAACCAAUCCAAAUGGCAAUCUCAACCCCCAGCAGCAAAGAAGAACCCCUCUACCUCGCCGUGAUCCGCUACUACACACGACAACCCGGCGGCUCCGACCGGUGGUCCAUCUUCAUCCGCACCACCGAAAGCGAAAACGGGCCCCUGGGUCUGGAAUACAAAAUCAAAGACACGGGCGAGAAAUACAUGACAUACAUCGCACCCAAGGACGGAUCAAAACUAGGCAACAUCCCACACUCGAUGUACGUGGUCCGCGCUAUAACCAACGACGAGGCCAAGGCUGUACGCGAGGUCGCAGAGCGCGAGCCACGCAUUUCGAGCGCGGACGGCGAGAACAGGGCCACGGAGCGGUGGACGUUCAGUGUUGUCACGGAACUCAUGAAGUGGGGGAUAGCGAAGCCGUCUGAUGUCGAGGAGGUGGAGUCCAUGAUGGCUACCAGGCUGGAUCAUGGGGGUGUUCGGUAG